UGUCCUCAUCACGACACUGCCAAGAAAGCUGAGUCAUGUAAGAUGAGAAAAAAGAAGGUAGGCCGCUGAAUGUUAAAAAUGAAUACGAGAGGACAAUUUUAAGGCUAAUGAGCCAGAGGAGUGAAAAAUAUCUAGAAACAUGUGUCAGGCAUCAGCACCAAUUUGGAGGCAGGUACAGAAAAGCUGCGUUAGAGUGACACUGAACAUGAAUGAAAGGGAGCAGGACUUUAACUGGUUAACGAGGAGGCGGAGAAGAGACGACAAGCGGAAUUGAUGGGGCGAUAACGUGGCAAAAGAUAGGAGAGGCUGUGUGUCGCUGGCAGACACGUACAUGAAGACACAGUGUGUGUACACACCGAGAGGCAGAGAGAGAGAGAGAGAGAGACUGGUGCAGCAACAGGAAGCACAUGAGCAGCAGGAGGAGUCGGGAGCGGAGAGGCUUGACGGUGGAUAUAACUCCACGCCCCUCUCUGCCAAGCAUCCAUUUACUGAGGAGCUGAUGUGUGCUGCUUCACUGGAUGCAUUCAGGCUCAGCAGCAACAGAAGGAAAAACCCUUCGGUGGCGUGGCACUCUGGAUAUGGAUUACAGCACGCAGGAGUCGUCUUAUGAGCAUUUCUGAAGAGGUUCGUCGCAUCAUUCUUAGCAGAAUCUUCACGUUGGAUAUUUAUACCCUCAGAGGGAAGGUGGAUUUCUAAGAGAAUCUAAGUGAAGCUGCUGACAGCUGUGUGAAACCUGGCUGGGGAGAAUCUGGAGGAUUUCACACUGAUAAGCACCAAGGAGUUACACAAGGAAACUGCAGUCGGUCCACUUUAUCCACCCAGGAUUCUACAGGCUGCUCUCACGUGUUGGGUUCAGACUUAAGUUUCCAACAUGACCACCAUGCAGAGGCUGCUGCAGCUGCCGGUGAGCGCCGUGAACAUGGUGAAGACGGUGCAGAGCCAGGUCCAGGGAGGCCAGGAGGAGGACAAGAGUCCGGUGCUGACCCCCGACGGUGUCCAGCAGACGUGGUACAGCGCCCUGCAGCCUGACGAGCUGCGCCACCUCCGAUCUGGAGGCACAGGUGGUGGAGGUGGAGGUGGAGGUGGAGGUGGUGGAAGGGACCAGGAUGAGCGAGCAGCACUGGAGGAAGGUGGCGGCAGCAGCAGUUUUCAAAAUCAACCUUUGCGACACGACGACCUGAAGGAGAUGCUGGACAGCAACAAAGACUCACUGAAGCUGGAGGCGAUGAAACGGAUCGUGGCCAUGAUCGCCCGAGGAAAAAACGCCUCAGAUCUCUUCCCUGCUGUGGUGAAAAACGUGGCGUGUAAAAACAUAGAGGUGAAGAAGUUGGUCUAUGUUUAUUUGGUGCGUUAUGCUGAGGAGCAGCAGGAUCUGGCUCUGCUCUCCAUUUCCACGUUUCAGCGAGGAUUGAAGGAUCCAAACCAGCUGAUCAGAGCGAGCGCCCUGCGAGUCCUCUCCAGCAUCCGCGUCACGAUAAUCGUCCCGAUAAUGAUGCUGGCCAUCAAAGAAGCUGCUUCCGACAUGUCUCCAUACGUCAGAAAGACUGCUGCUCACGCCAUUCCCAAACUCUACAGUUUGGAUCCAGAACAGAAAGACCAGCUGAUUGAAAUCAUAGAGAAACUCCUCGCUGACAAAACCACGCUGGUGGCAGGAAGUGUUGUUAUGGCUUUCGAAGAGGUGUGUCCAGAACGCAUUGACCUGAUCCACAAGAACUACAGGAAGCUGUGUAACCUCCUGAUCGAUGUGGAGGAGUGGGGGCAGGUCGUCAUCAUCAACAUGUUGACCCGCUACGCAAGAACACAGUUCCUCAACCCAAACAUGAACGAGUCGCUGCUGGAGGAGGGAGGGGACAAGACCUUCUACGGCUCUGAUGAAGAUGAGGAUGAAGACGAGGAGGACGACAAAGAUAAGAAAGCCGAGGCUGCCUCCUUGGCCAAGAGGAAACCGUACGUGAUGGAUCCAGAUCACCGGCUUCUUCUGAGGAACACGAAGCCGCUGCUGCAGAGCCGCAACGCCGCUGUGGUGAUGGCUGUGGCUCAGCUGUAUUUCCAUCUUGCCCCUAAAGCAGAGGUUGGGGUGAUCGCCAAGGCCCUGGUGCGUCUCCUGAGGAGUCACAGUGAGGUCCAGUUCGUUGUUCUCCAGAACGUGGCAACAAUGUCGAUAAAGAGAAGGGGGAUGUUUGAGCCGUACCUGAAGAGUUUCUACAUCCGCUCCACUGACCCAACCCAGAUUAAAAUCCUCAAGCUGGAGGUUCUCACUAAUUUGGCCAAUGAGACGAACAUCUCCACCAUCCUCAGAGAGUUUCAGACGUACAUUAAAAGCAUGGAUAAAGAUUUUGUGGCUGCUACGAUCCAAGCAAUUGGCCGCUGUGCUACCAACAUCGGCGAGGUGAGGGACACGUGUCUGAACGGCCUGGUGCAGCUGCUGUCCAACAGAGACGAGUUGGUUGUGGCCGAGUCGGUGGUUGUUAUCAAGAAGUUGCUGCAGAUGCAACCGGAGAAGCACAGCGACAUCAUCAAGCACAUGGCCAAACUAACAGACAACAUCCAGGUGCCUAUGGCAAGGGCCAGUAUCUUGUGGCUGAUUGGAGAGUACUGUGAGCACGUACCUAAUAUCGCCCCGGAUGUCCUGAGGAAGAUGGCCAAGUCUUUUACGAAUGAAGACGACAUUGUCAAGCUGCAAAUCCUCAAUUUGGCUGCAAAGCUUUACCUCACCAACUCCAAACAGACCAAACUUUUGACGCAGUAUGUUCUCAACUUGGCCAAGUAUGACCAGAACUACGACAUCCGCGAUCGGGCGCGCUUCAUUCGCCAGCUCAUUGUGCCCACGGAGAAGUGUGGGGCUCUGAGCAAGUACGCCAAGAAACUGUUCCUCGCCCUCAAACCUGCACCGAUCCUCGAGUCUCCAUUUAAAGAUCGAGACCAUUUCCAGUUGGGUUCAUUGUCCCACCUGCUGAAUGCCAAGACUGGGGGCUACCAGGAGUUGCCUGACUGGCCUGAAGCUGCCCCAGAUCCCUCCGUGCGCAACGUGGAGGUGAAGGAGUCUGUGCCCGAGUGGACCAAGUGCAGCAGCCGGGAGAAGCGGAAGGAGAAGAAGGUGGAGAAGCCGUUCUACUCGGACUCAGAGGGCGAGUCAGGGCCGACAGAGUCAGCUGAUAGUGAGUCGGACUCUGUCAGCGGCUCAGAGAGUGGCAGCGGCAGCGGGGUGAGCAGGUCAGGAUCAGAAAGCGAAGCGAGCGAGGAAGGCUCUGAGUCUGAGGAGGAGGAGGAGGAUGAAGAGGAGAAAGACAAAAAGAAGAAAAAGAAAGAAUUAAAGAAGCCGGUGCAAGAAAGUGAAAGUGAGCAGAGCAGUGAAGAAGAAGAGAGGAAGCGUGAGAGGAAAAGCAAACCACGCAAGAGCGCCUCAGAAACAGAAUCAGAUGAGGAGGAGGAGAGCGAGUCCGAAAGCAGCCAAUCAGAGUCUGACGACUCCGAUUCUGAGGUAGAGGUCAAAAAGAAAAAAAAGGCAGCUGAGUCUAAACCUCCCUCCAAACCUGUCAAGAUCGAGAGCAAGAAAGAGAAGAAAGAGAUGUCUCUACUCGACCUGGAUGAUUUUGAGCCUGCACCCUCUCCUCAAGUCACGCCCAUCAACACCUUCCUGUCCAGCAGCCUCGCGAACGACCUGGAGGGCUUGUCUCUGUCCGACAGUGUUCUCUCCCCGGCAACCAUCGCCCCCUCCAGUGCGUUGAAGAGCUACGAGCUGCUUCACCGCAUCACAGGGGAGGGUCUGUCGGUGGAGUACUGCUUCAGCCGGCAGCCCUUUAGCCCUGACGCCAACAUGGUGGCGGUGCAGAUGCAGUUCACCAACAGCGCCACGUCCGACGCCAAGAACCUGCACAUGGUGGACGUGAAGCUGCAUUCUGGCAUGAGGGUGAAAGAGUUCCCAGAGAUUGAGCUGCUGCCGACAGGUGAGACAUCCACAGCUGUGAUGGGCAUCGAUUUCUGUGACUCAACCCAAGCGGCGAACUUCCAGCUGUGCACCAACACCAGGAAGUUCUUCGUGUCUAUCCAGCCGCAGGUUGGGGAGCUGAUGAGGCCUGUCUUCCUGACUGAGAACGAAUUUAAAAAGGAGCAAGGUCAGCUGAUGGGCAUGAACGAAAUCACAGAGAAGCUGACUCUGGACAUCAAUUGCCGGAAUGAACACGCCAUCGUCCAGCGGGUGGCCACCGCCGCCAACCUCAGCAGAGUCCCCUGUGGUUCCGAUAAAGAGUGCAGUCCUCCUGUCCCUCCUGCUGAUCACCCUGUCCACAGGUUCGCCGGCCGCACCGUGACCAGCGGCAGCCUGGUGUUGGUCACCGUGGCGACCAAAGAGGACGGAGCCGCCCAGCUGACGGUCAACUGCGAGAAGAUGGUGAUCGGCACCAUGCUGGUGAAGGACAUCCUCCUGGCUCUGACACAGUGA